AUGGGGGGCUGCGUCUUCCUCUUCUCCGUCUUCCUCCUCCUCCUCGUCGUUCCUGGCUUAUCCAGCGCCGCCAUCAAGAGGGAGAGGCUCACCACGUCAGAGGAGGAUGCGGUGGCGCUGCUCCGCCGGGAUUCCACAUCUCCGCCGCCCCCUCCUCCGGCAGGCCCUACGGAGUACUUCCAAGUGACGAGGCCCAUCCCCCUCCCCAACGACAAGCCCUGCUCCGUCCUCCUCCUGCAACACGACUUCGCCUACACCUACAGCAAGCCUCCGGUCACCACCGCCUACACCCCUCCUUCCCACUGCCGCCGCCGCGGAACUCCCUCGAAGGUGGUUCUGGAGUGGCGCGCCGCCUGCCGGGGCCGGCAGUUCGACCGGAUCUUCGGGAUCUGGCUCGGCGGCGUGGAGCUCCUGCGAAGCUGCACCGCCGAGCCGCGCGCCACCGGCAUCGUCUGGACGGUGGAGAAGGACGUCACUCGCUACACCUCCCUCUUCUUCUCCGACAACCAGACCUUGGCCGUCUUCCUCGGCAACAUCGUCGACCAGACCUACACGGGGAUCUACCACGCCAACAUCAGCCUCCAUUUCUACUACGGAGGGAAAGACCUCCCCCAUCGGCAUCAUGGAUUCGACUCACCGGCGGAUCUGAUCCUCCCGAUCUCGCGGAAUCUCCCCCUGGAAGAUGGUCAAUGGUUUCUGGUUCAGAGCCCCGCCGAUUCGCCGGCGAAGGAGGUGACGAUCCCUCGGAAUGCCUUCCGGGCGGUGAUCGAGGUGUUCGUCUCCUUCCACGCCGACGACGAGUUCUGGUACGGCAAUUUUCCCGACGACUACAUUUCCUCCAACAAUCUCACCGGCACGCCGGGGAAGGGGCCAUUCAGGGAGGUCGUCGUCACCGUCGACGGUGCCGUCGCCGGCGUGGUGUGGCCAUUCCCUGUGAUCUACACCGGCGGCGUCAACCCCCUUCUCUGGCGUCCGAUCACCGGCAUCGGCUCCUUCGACCUACCGUCGUACGACAUAGAGAUCACCCCUUUCCUUGGGAAGCUCCUGGACGGGAAGCCCCACAGAUUAGGGUUCGCCGUCACCAACGCCCUCAGCUCCUGGUUCAUCGACGGGAAUCUCCAUAUCUGGCUGGACAGCAAGAGUUCGCAGACCAUCGGAGGACUGAUCAAGCACGAGUCACCGGAGCUCAAGCUCUAUGCUCUGUCGGAUUUCAAGGGCCUGGACGGGAAUUUCUCUACCACCGGCGACAGGAGGAUCUCCUCCACCGGGUGGGUGAUCUCCUCCCACGGCAAGAUCACCACCCACUUCUUCCAGGUGCUCGACUACAAGAACUUCAUGGAGAUGAAAGACAAUGGCAGCACGCAGGUGAUCAACCAGACCAUAGAUUCCACCUCCGGCGUCUACGUCAAGAGCCCCGGAUCGGUCCUCUUCUCCGAUGAGAUCUUCCGAAGCUUCCCUCUGCAUCUUUACUCCGGCACCGCCGAUCAGACCAAUGAGACCUACUCUCUGAUCUCGAACCUUUCUCUGGGGUUCAAUGAGAAGAGAUUCACCGGCGAGCGAUUCGGGUUCUCCUUCGGCGCCCUCCUAAAUUCUCAGAAGGCCGACGGCGUCAUGAUAGUCAAGGGGAACCUAGUCGUCAGCGGCGUGGGGAGCACCCAGCAGGAUUACAGAUACGAAGGCACAGAUGGAUGCUACUCCAGGAACGUGAGUAGCAGCAAUUACACCAUUCUGUUCGAUGAAUCGGAGAAGGUUUGUGGCAGAAGAUCACCUUUCGAGCUGGGUUCUUCGCUCAACAGAUGGAUUCCAUAUCCGGCCAGGAGGGCUUCUCUCUCAGUAGCCAUGCCUAAGCUGAAGAAGAUCGACGAUUAG